UUUGUUUCCCUGUGUUCUUACAAUAAGCACGAUGUUUUAUUGUAUUUAAAUAUUUAGCAUAAAUGUAUAAAUAUAACUAGUCUAACUAUAUACAGUAUGAUCAUUUAAAAAGCAUUAAAAUGUCUUAAUGAUUUUACAUUUGAUAGUUUGGAAGUGUGCAACCAUCUGUACUGUUACACAUUCAGACUUCAGUACACAUGCAAACACACAUGCACAUACUCUCCAACAUACAUAUUAAUCUUGUAGGUCCUAUAACAUACAUACACAUAUGCACUUAAACAAUGAAGAACAUCCACACAGUGCCAGCCAGCAUUUUGUUUUGUUCAGUAUGCAUGUGUGUGUGUGCACGCGUAGUUGGGUGAGUGAAUGAGUAAAACAGAUGAGAUCAGCUAUCCUAAUUCACCGUCAGCUCUCCUAACAGAGGGAUUUUCCAGGGCUUUAUCUGGCUAUGAGGCCCUAUGCCCCGCCACCAGCGAUCUGCAACUCGCACAAUACAAACCUCUGCCUAAUCACUUCUGCCCUGAACAAACCAGAGGCACCCAGAAACAUACCAACAUCAUUCAUGCACCUUCAUGAUGUAUCCGUAAACUGCACUGAUUUUCCUUGCAUUUUAUCACAAUCUUCAUGUUUAGAGUUGUGACAUCACACUGUAUCAAAUCCAAGCCCUGACAAAUUUUCUUGCCACAAUCAUUCAUUAUUAAAUACUGCCUGAGUUGCUGAGAGAUAACAAUUUCAUUAAACAUUACUGUAAAGAUGUUCAUGAUGUUUCACAAUGGGUUUCCCAUGACGGUUUGCUGAGAAAACUCUUUGAGCAACACUUCAAAUAGUUAAAUUUUUAUUGCAGAUAAAACAAAUAUAAAGCCAAUUGGAAUCUGCAAAAAAAUUCUGCUAGGCCUUUUCUCAGAACUAAAUUUUUCUGAGCCAUGUUUGCAAGUACUUCUAACCAGCUGGUCCCAAGUUGAUUUUAAAUGGAUGUAUGAAGUCAAUUCCCCUCAAGUUAACACAGGUGUCCUAGAAGAAUAACCAAAGGUGUAGUUCAUCUCAUUAACUAUGGAUGUGUUCUACUUCGAGGUCUAUAGGUACCUUACGUUGAAGUCCAAACCUGGCCCGUAUUCAAGACUGUGUAACCCAACCAAACCCAAACAUUUUAAUUCUGAACGUGACCCCGAAAUCAUUUACUCUCUUUAGAUUUUCUUCUCCAAGCAAAUAAAUUUGUUGCAAUAUGCUGUAUUUUGUUUAAGAAUUGUAUAAGCAACAUUCAUAACACUAUAGCAACGGUACACAUGCAGGCCCCUCAGCACACCUGAGGUAAACCGGGAAAAAAAAAACAUUAGCUUACUAUUUAUUAAAAGCUGACAUUUUGACAUUUUCUCUGUAAUUCCAAAAGUCAAGACUAAAUGUUUUUACACACUAGCUUCAUGCUCUGAGGCACAAUGGGUUUCCUGUGGUCAGGAAUUUUGAUGCAUGUACCUUAACACUAUUCAGUCAUAUCUCUCUCCUAAGGGAUGGAGGCACAUUGCACAUGUGCAGAUGCGUGACAUUUUUCCGCAGAUGUGCGGGUGUGUGUUUUCUAUGCCUGUGUGUAAAGUCAAUUCAGCAUUAACUCCCCUGUCUAACCUGUAAAAAUAAAUUCACUUUGUAUCUCUUUCAAUAUCAAUGACAAAAGAUAAAGUUUCCCAUUUUUAGACAUCUUUUACAUGUAUACCACUUUUGUGUAUUCCCUCUUUCUAAAUGAAGCAACAUCCUUUUAGAAAGCAAACUUGAAUGAGACAUUUCAUUUUCUUUAACAGAAUGUUCCCAUAGGACAGCUAAAAUCUCAUUGGUGGAUUUAAUUUGCUCUUUCAGGUGGCAUAGGUUUUCCUUUCCCACUGACCCAUGGUGUUCAUCUUAAUCUCACUCUCUUUGAGUUUAAUGGAGAGAGAAGUGAGUGCCGUGUGGUUGAUAUGGGAUACCCCCUUUAGCUUCUGCCUCUCGGGAGGAUUAUGUCGUCACGCUGGGCCCCAAGGGCAUUAUAAAUGCCCCCAAUGGCCCCUUUAUGGUCCAUCAGACCAGGUCUAUAUGAUGUCGGCAGGAUAUGCUCUGUAACCUCUUCUGUGUCUCAUUGCUAGAAUUAGCCCUGUAGCUUUAGCAUCAAUGUCCAGGUAUUUCUGACAAAACCCUCCAAAUUUUCUUGCGUGCAUACACACAACCACAUCACUUCAUGUUUUGUUAGCAUUCUGGGUGUUGUGCAGUCAAAAGAGAAACAACGCUGGCAGAGAAGACCUGUGUGUGGCUACAUGUGCAACCAUUUACUUACGGGUUCCCACACAGCCUUAACUGACGGCUAGCUCUGCUAGGUGGAUUUUUUGCCCCUUAUUUCCUUUUUGUUUACCAUUUGUGGCAGCUUCAACUCAACUAGCAAAAGUCAAACAGGAUUUAAGUUUUAAAACUCAAAUCAUUAUGUGGGAGUUCCGCUCUGUAAUAUUUUGGCGGGCGGUGUUUGCCGAGUUUUUCGGCACCAUGUUCUUUGUUUUCUUCGGGAUGGGUGCAGCACUUCGCUGGACCUCCGGACCGUACCACAUCUUCCACACUGCCCUCUGCUUCGGUUUUGCUGCCGCCACACUGAUCCAAUCCAUUGGCCACAUCAGCGGAGGACACAUCAAUCCGGCCGUCACCUUCGCCUACUUAGUUGGCUCUCAGAUGUCUCUGUUCCGUGCUUUCUUCUACAUUUGCGCUCAGUGCCUGGGGGCACUGGCAGGAGCCGCAGCCCUCUAUGGAGUUACACCCAACAACAUGAGAGGCACAUUCGCACUCAACACGCUGCAGCCAGGAAUGAGUCUGGGCAUGGCGACCACAGUGGAGGUGUUCCUCACCAUGCAACUGGUGGUCUGCGUCUUUGCCGUCACAGAUGAGCGAAAAAAUGGACGCCUGGGUUCUGCCGCUCUGUCCAUUGGCUUUUCCAUCACCAUGGGCCACCUGAUGGGGAUGUACUACACUGGAGCAGGUAUGAACCCUGCCAGGUCUUUCGCUCCUGCUGUUAUCAUAAGGAAUUUCAUCAACCAUUGGGUGUACUGGGUGGGGCCCAUGAUUGGUGGUGCUAUGGGUGCCAUCCUGUAUGAUUUCAUGCUAUUCCCCCGUAUGCGGGGUCUCUCUGAACGACUAGCCACACUCAAGGGCAGCCGACCUCCAGAGGCCGAGAACCAGCAGGAGUCUCAUGGUGAUCCCAUUGAGCUCAAGACUCAAACCCUAUAAACCUGCAAAUAACCUGUGGACCGAAAUCUGGCUCUACCUCCCUGGACCAUCUCACCUCCCCAUCCAACGGACUUUAAAACACACUAGAAAAAACAUGCUACAUUAAAUAAAAUCUGGGUGGGUGUUACUCACCAAUAAGGGAACAUAUCUACUACGCUACUGAUAAUAAAAUCAGGGGAUGGUCUAAAAAUGAAAAUUGUCAUCAUUUACUCACCUUAUGUUGUUCUUAUUUUGUAUGACUUUUUCAUGGAACACCAAAGGUGAUAUUAGGCAGACUGUUAUCCUCAGCCACAAUUCACUUUCAUUACAUCCGAGGCUAACAUUCUGCCUAAUAAAGAAAGUCAUAAUAGUUUGGAACAACAUGAACAGUGGGUGAGUAAAUGACAGAAUUUUCAUUUUUGGUUGAACGACCCAUUUAAAAGGACAUUAAGGGAAAAAUCGGUUACAUUCUUGAAAUUCUGUGUAAUAUUCUAGGUUUGUUCCUAUAUACUGAUAUGUUAUUGAAAUGCAGGGCACAGGGCAGUGCUGAGGCAGUGGUCCAGGUGGCAGAACCAAUGGGAUGAGGGCGGGGUUUUGAAUGUGGGUGAAGUUCAUUGUGAGAGGGGCUAGAACAGUUCAUUUAGGCAUGCUUUUCACCCGAUUACACAUUUUCAAUUUUGUUUUCUACAACACAAAAUGCAGACGCAUGCAACUUAACCAGGGUUUUACACUAUAUAUUUUUUUCCCUCCUUUUUAUUUCUGUGUGAGAGUCCACGUUGGUGUGCAAGUGAGUGCGUCUUUUUGUGUGUGUGUGUGAGGGUCUUCAGGAGGACAUACCCAGGUAUGCAUGUAUGUAUGUGUGUGUUUAGUUAGUGAAUGACCAAGUGUUUUUGGGAGUGUAUUGUGUUUGUCAACUGAGCAUUUAUUUUGGGUUUUUAUCAUUACAGCUCGCCUGUUUGUACCAUGCUCGUGUAUUUAUUUAUUUUUUUUAAACGGGAAUCUAAGACACCCCAAACUGUAUUGUCUGUAAUUAUAUUCCAUUCUUUAACUUACACACAAUCCACCCGUGGACUGAUCUGUUUUAAAGACACAGCCAGUCUUUGCAAUGACUUCAAGUUUACAGUGUCUGUGUUACCUUUCAUUAAAUCUUGAGGAUGACUUCCAUGACUG